AUGCCGCAGCUCGGCCGCCGCGCGCCCGGCGAUGACGCCUCUGCCUCCUCCGCACUGCCCACCACGCUGGUUGCGACGCGCACAUCCGGAUCCGCGUCGGCCACUGCCCUGGUCGUCGACACUGGCUCCACCGCGACCUCCAUUCCGCAGCCCUUCGACACCAGCCUGGGCUCCAACUUUACCAGCUCCAACUGCCCCAAUUUCUUCAAUUCCUUCCUCGAAAACAGCACUUUUGUCGAUUGCGUGCCGCUGUCCCUCCUGCUCCAAACCUCAAGCGCCUUCUUCGAUGUCACCCGCUCCCUCGUGCGCACUACACAGGUGCUCGACGCGUCAUGCUCGGCCAAUUUCGCCCAGUGCAGUGCCCUGAUGGACAAUUUGGCCGCGCAGCUCAUCCACGACGACCAUUGCGGCGCAGACUACAAGGCCAGCAAUCCCACCGUGCUGCAGGCCUACAAAGGACUUGUGGCGUACGAGCCUGUCUAUCAGGCUGGCUGCUUGCGGGAUGACUCGGGAAGCUACUGCUUCGCCAAUGCCAUAACGAAUUCCUCGUCGCCCACGGAUUCCUACCCUUAUUACCUCCCUGUCGGUGUGGCAUUGCCCGGAGGCUCCCGGCCAACGUGCAACUCGUGUCUGCAAACGACCAUGGACGCGUUCUGGACAUACACCUCGAAUAAAACGCAACCGAUCAGCCAGACGUAUGCGCAAGCUGCAGGCGUGGUCAACAUACAGUGCGGGCCCAAUUUUGUGAACGCGACAGUGUCCAAGUCCACCACUAGCGGAGUAGCGCCCAACGCGGCGGUGCCAGGGCUGUCUUCGGCGGCCUUGCUCCUCGCCUUGUCCGCACUUCUGCUGUAA